GGCGGUUGGGCAGUUGUGAGGAGCUAAGUAAUUGGCCGUGAGGUUCCUGUGCAGGCGCAGAACCAAUUUUUCUAAUUAAUACAAUGGAUCACUUCCAGAUCAAUAGUUACAGGAUAAAACAAGAUGUAUAGAAGAGUUUCUCACCAACAACUGUGAAAUUUGUCUGCAGCUUUAUAUCAACUACCUUUUCAUGACAGUAUCCUAUCCACUUCAGCAGAAGAAAGGAAGCAAGUUCUAAAUAUAGGCCCUAAGAAGGGCAGUAAAAGUGACAGUAAUUCCUUCGCCUGAUAAGAAGAUUGAGGUAAUACAUCUCCUGCUGUACUCUACAAGUUUCCCAUCUGCAGAACAAUCCAGGGGAAAUGGCGGCUGCUUUGCUUUGGUAAAUGUGAAGAUAACAAAUUACAACAUAUUUUAUUCCAGUUAGACUUCUGACUUGUAUGUAGCAGAUGAUCCAUUCGGAGAAACGAGGAGAAUCUCCAAGAAUGAAGGAGAAGAUGGAAAAAGCUGCACGCUUGCGCAGCCAUGAAAAUGGUUUGUCUCACGUCUUGUCUCUGGUCCUACAAGAGCUGAGCCUCUUCUAUAAAAGAGAUGUCAAUGGGGUUGGUGUGUUGUACGACCUGCUCAGAUCUCCAUGGCUACAGGCCCUCCUAAAGGUUUAUGAAUGCCUCCAUCAGUAUAUUAAAAAGAGACCCGUUCCACUCACACCACAGGCACGGGCACUGAAUCAUGAGGUUGUGGAGUUGUUGCGGGGAAGCCAGCAGUCUCCAGAAGUUAGAGAGCUCAGGCGACUCCUACGAGGUCCACACUUCAAGGCCUUACUGUCAGCUCAUGAUACUGUGGCCCAGAAAGAUUAUGAGCCAAUUCUUCCACCUCUGCCAGAUAACAUCCCCGAAAACGAGGAAGCUAUGAGGAUUGUCUGCCUGGUGAAAAACAAGCAACCCCUUGGUGCCACUAUUAAACGCCAUGAACUUACAGGAGAUAUUACAGUGGCAAGAGUAAUCCAUGGUGGACUGGCAGAUAGAAGUGGUUUGUUAUAUGCUGGAGAUAAAUUGGUAGAAGUGAACGGGGUUCCAGUGGAGGGGCUGGAGCCAGAACAAGUAAUCCACAUUUUGGCACUCUCACAGGGAACAAUUAUGUUCAAGCUGAUUCCAGUUUCUGAUCGACCAGUCAGCAAUCAAACAACACUCUAUGUGCGAGCGAUGGCAGAUUACUGGCCUCUUCAGGAUCCUGCUAUUCCAUGUGCUGACGCAGGACUGCCAUUUAAAAAGGGAGAUAUUCUUCAAAUUGUGGACCAGAAUGAUGCCCUCUGGUGGCAAGCAAGAAAAGUAUCAGAUCUCAGUGCCUGUGCUGGACUCAUCCCUUCGAAUCACCUUCUGAAGAGGAAGCAGCGGGAAUUCUGGUGGUCUCAACCCUUCCAACCCCAUCCCUGUCUCAAAUCAACAAUAUUGAGUACUGUAGAAGAGGAAGAUGACAUGCAGAUUGAUGAGAAGUGUGUAGAAACAGAUGAGGAGACUUUUGAGUCUGAGGAGCUUAAAGAAGCUGGUUUCCGUAGAAGUAUGCGGCUGUGUCGCAGGAAAGCCCGCAACAGUCAUCUGCCAUGUUACGCCCGGUGCCCCAGUGGCUGCUAUAGUGCUGUAGCAGCACCUUAUGAAGAGGUGGUGAGAUACCAGAGACAUCCGGGUGAUCGCAACAGAUUAAUUGUGCUAGUGGGUCCUUCAGGUGUUGGAGUGAAUGAGCUACGACGACGGCUUAUUGGUGUAAACCCCCAUCACUUUCAAAGUGCAGUGCCACAUACAACCCGCGCUCAAAAGAGCUAUGAAGAGAAUGGACGAGAAUAUCAUUAUGUAUCAAAGGAUACGUUUGAAAACCUGGUUUAUGGUCACAGAAUGUUGGAGUAUGGAGAGUACAAGGGAAAUCUCUAUGGCACAAGCAUUGAUGCUGUACGUACUGUACUUGAUGAAGGGAAGAUCUGUAUAGUGGAUUUAGAACCUCAGAGUAUUCAGUUGGCUCGCAGUCAUGAACUGAAGCCCUACAUUAUAUUUAUUAAGCCAUCAAGUGUGAGCUGUAUGAGGCAAUCCCGGAAAAAUGCCAGGAUGAUUACAGACUAUUACGUGAACAUGAAGUUUAAGGAAGAAGACUUGCAGGAGAUGGAAGAGUCAGCUAAAAAAAUGGAAACUCAGUUUGGUCAGUUCUUCGAUCAAGUGAUUGUGAACGAUAACCUACAGGAAGCCUGCAUGCAGUUACUCUGUGCCGUCCGUCGAGCACAAGAUGAGCCCCAGUGGGUCCCUGCAACAUGGAUCUGCUCAGACAAUCAGCCAUAAUUCUCAGGACUAGACUGUUUUACAGAAGUUAUAGUUCAUGCUUCACUGCAACAAUAAUCCUAAUGCUGGGAUUGCAAGGGAGUAUAUGUCUUUGUCUGGAGGGAAUUUGGAGAGGAUUAGGCAAAAAGCUGUUGCAAGAUGUAAUCGUAUUGUCUUCUGUGGCAUUAAGUAUUGCAUGUUCAGUAACAUUAAUUUUGUACAAAAAGAUUGCUGCAUUGUAGUGUCAGAAUAUAAUUUAAUUGUUAAGAUUAAUAAUAAAAGAAUCUAUUUUGUUUCA